AUGGAUACUGUAAUGAAGGCUGCAAGAGCCACAGGCUCUCUGAACCUUUCAAAUUGCGAGUUGAAUGAAGUGCCAGAGCAGGUUUACAAUUAUUUAGAUUCACUCGGAGAAGAAGAGAAAUGGUGGGAAGUUGUGGAUUUGAGAAAAAUGAUAUUGGCUCACAACAACAUCCAUACCCUCUCAGAGCAACUGGAGCGUCUCAACCGUCUCACAGUUUUGAACAUCACCCACAAUCAACUUUCUCAUCUUCCUGCUGCAAUUGGCAAGCUCAAAAUGCUCAAAUCAUUAGAUGUAUCUUUCAAUCUGUUGAGAGAAAUUCCUCAAGAAAUUGGUUCUGUAAAUGCGUUGGUUACACUAAACUGUGCAAAUAAUCAACUAACCUCACUUCCAAGCAAUAUAGGGAACUGUAGAAAGCUAGAAGAUCUCAAGGUGUCAAACAACCAUUUAACAGCUUUGCCAGAUGAACUCGUUCAUUGUUCUAAGUUGGGGAGAUUGGAUAUGGAAGGUAAUAAGAUUGCAAAAUUCCCUGACCAUUUGCUGAGCUCAUGCAGUUUUAUUAAAGAGAUAAAUGCUGCUAACAACAUUCUUAAUGAGAUCCCUGAAUCCAUUGGGAAGCUCGAGAGGCUUGUCCGUCUUGAUGUACAUCAGAACCGAAUUAAGGCCAUUCCCUCGUCAUUUGCUGGAUGCUCUUCGCUUAUGGAGCUUUUUCUAGGACAUAAUCAAUUGUCUUCAAUCCCCAAGGAGUUUGGAGACCUUUCAUCGCUGAAAACCCUAGACCUCCGUUCUAAUUUGCUGAAAGAGUUUCCAGAGGAGGCUUGCAAGAUGCAACUUUUGGUCUUGGAUUUAUCAGAUAACUGUCUUACUAGGUUGCCCACACAGCUUGGCAAUAUGACCACAUUGAGGAAGCUUUUAUUGAUUGGGAAUCCUUUCAGAGGGCCAAGAAGCAAGGUUUAUUUUGGUACUACAGAGGCAUUGCUUCAACAUCUUCGUACUAGGAUGAGCUUAGAUAGAGAGGAACGAUCCCCUGUUGAAGAUUUCAUUGAAAUGGCUUCUAAGGAGGCAUCAUCAACAAAGCAAUUAUCCAUCAGUGGGCUAGGCUUGGAAAUCAUACCAGCUGUUGCAUGGGAAUCAGGAGAAUUACUAGCUUUGGAUGCCUGCAAGAAUAAAAUCAAAGAACUACCAAGUGAUCUUUCACAAUGCAAUUCACUCAAAGUAUUACUUCUAUCAGAUAACAAGAUAGAGGAGUGGCCUGGUGCAGUAUUUGCAUCUCUUUUAAAUCUUCGGUUCUUAAAACUUGACAGAAAUCCACUUAAUAAGUUCCCACAAGAUGCCUUUGCCGCAUUAUCAAAGCUUGAGGUUCUUGAUCUGAGUGGGAUUUCAGCUAAUUCAUUGCCACAGCCUCCUGCACUGUCUGGCAUGCCACAUUUGCAAGAGUUGUAUUUGAGGAGAAUGCGUUUGCAAGAAGUCCCUUCUGAUUUGUCCAGCUUAAGAAAACUCCGUAUUCUUGAUUUAGGCCAGAAUAAUCUGUCUGAAAUUCCAGAGAGUUUCCAGCAUUUAACAUGCCUGGUGGAGCUUGAUUUAUCCGAUAACUCUAUUAGAAUGCUUCCACCAGAACUCGGGCUUUUAUAUUCAUGCUUGCAGAGUUUAAGAUUGAGCGGCAAUCCAUUGAGAAGCAUCAGGCGAACUAUUCUAGAGCGUGGGACAGAGGAUGUCCUAAAGUAUUUAAAGGAAAAGAUUUGCAGUCCUUCGCGUGAAACACAGCCACUGCAGGUGAAACAGACGCUUACUCCUUUACGACAGGAGUUCUACAGUGAAAUCCCAUUUCAGCAUAUAUAA